AUGAAGAGGAGAGCUGGCCUGGGGGGCAGCAUGAGGUCAGUGGUGGGCUUCUUGUCCCAGCGGGGCUUGCAUGGGGACCCCCUGCUCACUCAGGACUUUCAGAGGAGACGCCUGCGGGGCUGCAGAAACCUCUACAAGAAGGACCUCCUCGGCCACUUCGGCUGUGUCAAUGCCAUUGAAUUCUCCAACAAUGGAGGCCAGUGGCUGGUCUCAGGAGGAGAUGACCGCCGGGUUCUACUAUGGCACAUGGAACAAGCCAUCCACUCCAGGGUCAAGCCCAUACAGCUGAAAGGAGAGCACCAUUCGAACAUUUUUUGCCUGGCUUUCAACAGUGGAAACACUAAAGUAUUCUCUGGAGGAAAUGAUGAGCAAGUUAUCCUCCAUGAUGUUGAAAGCAGUGAGACCUUGGAUGUGUUUGCUCAUGAAGAUGCAGUAUACGGCUUGUCAGUGAGCCCAGUGAAUGACAACAUUUUCGCUAGUUCCUCAGAUGAUGGACGGGUUCUCAUUUGGGACAUCCGGGAGUCUCCCCAUGGAGAGCCCUUCUGCCUGGCAAACUAUCCAUCUGCCUUUCACAGUGUCAUGUUUAACCCUGUGGAGCCCAGGUUAUUGGCCACAGCCAAUUCAAAGGAAGGAGUGGGACUAUGGGAUAUUCGAAAACCUCAGAGUUCUCUCCUGCGCUAUGGUGGCAAUCUGUCCCUUCAAAGUGCCAUGAGUGUACGAUUCAACAGCAACGGGACCCAGCUCCUGGCCCUGAGGCGUCGUCUGCCCCCUGUGCUCUAUGACAUCCACUCCCGCCUGCCUGUGUUCCAGUUUGACAAUCAAGGUUACUUCAACUCAUGCACCAUGAAAAGCUGCUGUUUUGCAGGAGACCGUGACCAGUAUAUCCUUUCAGGCUCAGAUGACUUCAACCUUUACAUGUGGAGAAUUCCUGCAGAUCCAGAAGCAGGUGGCAUUGGUAGGGUGGUCAAUGGAGCCUUCAUGGUGCUGAAGGGGCAUCGGUCUAUUGUUAACCAGGUCCGAUUUAAUCCACACACCUACAUGAUUUGUUCUUCUGGUGUAGAAAAGAUUAUCAAGAUCUGGAGUCCAUACAAGCAGCCAGGAUGUACUGGAGACCUCGAUGGUCGGAUAGAGGAUGACUCCCGCUGCCUCUAUACCCAUGAAGAGUAUAUCAGCCUUGUGCUAAACAGUGGAAGUGGCCUGUCUCAUGACUAUGCCAACCAGUCGGUCCAGGAAGACCCCCGGAUGAUGGCCUUCUUUGACUCCCUGGUCCGCCGAGAGAUUGAGGGCUGGAGCUCUGACUCGGACAGUGACCUCAGUGAGAGUACUAUCCUCCAGCUGCAUGCAGGAGUCAGCGAGCGCUCGGGCUACACUGACUCUGAGUCCUCAGCCUCACUGCCACGCUCUCCACCUCCCACAGUCGACGAGUCUGCUGACAAUGCCUUCCACCUGGGGCCCCUGCGGGUCACCACCACAAGUGCAGUGGCAUCAGCUCCACCUACACCCACAUGUGAGGAUACAGCGUCUCGGCAGCAGCGCCUGUCUGCUCUGCGGCGCUACCAGGACAAACGCCUUCUGGCCCUUUCCAACGAGUCUGAUUCUGAAGAGAAUGCUUGCGAGGUUGAGCUGGACACAGAUCUCUUUCCCCGGCCACGGUCGCCUAGCCCUGAAGAUGACUCCAGUAGUUCCAGCAGCUCCAGUAGCUCAGAGGACGAGGAGGAGCUGAAUGAACGCCGCACUUCCACUCGGCAGCGGAACGCUAUGCGGCGCCGCCAGAAGACACCCCGAGAAGAGAGGCCCAGCGCCCCAGUCAAGCCCACCAACACCUACAUCGGAGAAGACAACUAUGAUUACCCCCAGAUCAAAGUGGAUGACCUCUCCUCCUCCCCCACCUCCUCUCCUGAGCACAGCACUUCCACUCUGGAGAUUCAGCCAAGCCGAGCAUCGCCAACUUCUGACAUCGAAUCAGUUGAGCGAAAGAUUUAUAAAGCUUACAAGUGGCUCCGCUACUCCUAUAUCUCCUACUCAAAUAACAAAGAUGGAGAGACCUCCCUAGUGGCCAGGGAGGCAGAUGAAGGGAGAGCGGGAACCAGCCACAAAGAUAACCCAGCCCCUUCCUCUAGUAAGGAAGCUUGUCUAAAUACAGCCAUGGCCCAGAGGAACCAGGACCUGCCCCCUGAAGGCUGCAGCAAGGACACCUUUAAAGAAGGGACUUCUAGAAAUCCCAGCAAUGGCUCUGGCCGUGAGCAUAGCAACCAUCCUUGGGCAGAGGUGCCAGAGGGCACCUCUCAGGACACUAAUAAUGGUGGCUCUGUAGAACACACUUUUGAAAGCAAGAAGCUCAAUGGAAAGGCCCUGAGCAAGGCCCUGAACAGCCGGGCUGAGGAGCCACCCUCUCCUCCUGUACCCAAGGCAUCUGGCUCCACUUUCAGCAGCGGAUCUGGCAACUGUCCCCGGACCCAAUCUGAUGACAAUGAGGAGAGGAGCCUCGAAACCAUCUGUGCCAACCACAACAAUGGACGCUUACACCCACGCCCCCCUCACCCUCACAACAAUGGGCAGAACUUUGGGGAACUAGAGGCAGUGGCCUGCUCUUCCCCAGGACAUUCAGACGCUGACCAUGAUAACUCUCCCCUGACAGGGACACCCCUGCACAAAGAUUGUUGUGGGUCUGAAAUGGCCUGUGAGAGCCCCAGUGCUGGAAUGAGAGAGGACCCCACUGAGCCCCCAGCCACAGACAGCAGGGCUGUUCAUGGCCACAGUGGCCUCAAAAGGCACCGGGUUGAAUUGGAAGAUACAGAUUCAGAGAAUUCCUCCUCAGAGAAGAAAUUAAAAACAUGAUAAAAACGAAGGGAAACAAAAAGCUACGAAAAAGUAGCCUUAUGAAAAAAAUUCUGUUUAGUGAACACAGGAAAGGAAAAACAAGUAUUAAAGGCACAUAAAACCAGGGCCUGAAAUUUUGUGUCUGAUGCUGCUCCCUUCUAUUCAACAUCCAACAAUGGGUCUGAAUGUCUAGCUAGCCGAUGACUUGUAUGUGUUAAGAAAGGGGGGAAAAAAAUCCAAGUGACUCCUUUCUAGUGAGGCUUCAGCACAGUGCCCCUGUGCAAGGUUCUGUGAAAGGAAACCUUUGUUUGACUUGUGCUCGCGUGUGUGUACACUGGCAUGUGUAAACACCUUGUCUCAUAAGACCUCGUAGUUCUCCAACAGAAAUGGCCUAUGGAUCUGUAUUUUUGGCCAUCUCACCCUGUUUACUGCCAUAGGUGUUCUGGUCUUCAUGAUGAGUUCCUGUUCAGUCAGGUUGUGCUGCCAGUGAGUUGUAGAUGUCUAUGGGAGGAAUGGAGAGAGUGGAAUCAGGCCUUCAGCCCACUGGCUGUGCUAGCGAGGAAAGCAUGGUUCCUUUCUUAAAGAAAUCUUCCAUGUUUUCUAUGAGUACCUCUUCAUUAAGCAUUUAAUGUGGACACAAUAAAAGUGGAACAUUUUAAAUGCUAGUGAGAGGUCAGCACUUAAGAUUAGAUUAAGAGAACAUAGACCCCCGUUCAGUUUCACUGUUUGAGAUUUGAGCGGUGCUGCGACAUGUAUUGUGUGGAGGCCAUAAACUAUGACUAGGCACGGAUGGCACACUCUAACCAGUUAGGUGCUAGCUCCUAAGAGGCACGCAGAAGGCCAGCAGGUACUCGACUCCAUGUGAUGGGGUCUGGGCAUAUUGAAAGAAGCAGAAAAGACAGCUCUUAAGAGCCUUAUGUUCAGACUACUAAAGUGGAUGUUAUAGGUGUGUUGAUGAGGAAGUAUAGUGAAGAGCAGAAUGCGGUACUAUAUUUGUUUAAUUCAACCCAAAUCCGUUGGUCAGAAGUGGGACUGGCGUCUUCCCUCAGACUUGCAGUUGGCAGAGGCUGUCGUGUUCUAACUAGACCACCGAGCAGUAGGCAUCUCAAAGUAACCAAGUCUUAAAGAGUAGGUCCGUUAGGGGCCAGAGGGGUGGGAAGAAGGGCUUCUAGUUUAAGACUCCUGGCUCCCAGAAGAGACCCAGUUUCAUUGGGAUAGAUAAAAAUUGAGAGAGGAAAAGGCCAGAAAUUUGUAGUGUUGCAGUGUCCAUUGUAGUCACUCAGUUAUCAUUGAAGGUUGUACCAGACAGGAAGACAUAGGAUUGACCAGAUAUUUUGUUGGUGUAGAUGUCAUGAAAAGGCAGAAUACUGACAAGAAAUGAGUUAGGGAGAGAGAAAAACAGUGUAAUUUUCUGGAGCACAAAGGUGCUAGAUAUCUAGGAGCCCAGCUGGGAUUGGCACAGGGAUGGCCUCAUAUGUGGCUAGUGUGGCCUCACUGAUGCAGCUUUCCUUUUAGAAGAGGACCUGUCGUGCUGGAACUGGGACCAGGGGGAGACCAAGGUGGAGGCUAAAGACUUGGAUAAAGCUGGGGAGGGGGGUAUUUAUAAAAGGAGGGACGUAAGCCAAAAGGAGAUGUCAUCUUGCUCAGCAUUGUGAAAGGGAAGAGGUGCCUAGCAUGUGUGAUGUGACUGGGGUAAUGAAAACACUGUUUUUAGGAGGAAAGGAAGGAGUGUGAGUAGCUGUGGGGAUGUGGACAAUUAAUCAGCUGGACUCUUACUGGGGGAGCGAGAAAGUGAUUCUGUAACCAACAUUAGAAUUACUCUGGAUUUGUAAUCGAAAUGGUUCUAUGAUUUGUCUUUUGACUAUUCACCGAUAAUUGUAAAUUCUGGUUUUAUAAGCCCAAGUCAUUUUACAUUUGCUUUUCCAAAAUGUAUUAAAUUGGAAUUUUUUAAUCCUUUAUAUACAAAAAAUA